UUCCUCCUACCUCAGCCUCCCAGGUGCUGGGAUUACAGGUGUGCAUCAGCACUCUCAGGUCUUAUAUUAUUUGGAAAUAUUUAGGCUCUUGGAUAACUUUGCAAUCAUUUUGUUUUUUAAUCUGAUACUAUUCACUAGUGAGCACAAUUUAAUGUGAGUUUAUAUUUUAAAAAGUUUUUCAAAAGGAUGUAAUGAGUUUGAAUUGUUCUGAUACUGCCAUUAUAACCAAUAAUUUGGUGAUAACUAAUGCUAAUCAUAGUUUGUUCCUGUAUUAAUCACUUUAUGUUGGAGUUGUUGAAGCUGAAUACACAUGUAGGGCUGUGGCAUGGCCUGAGCAUGGCUGAACUGAGAACAAGACACUUCAGGGGGCAAGAUAAGCUACAGCUGAGGACACCUGGAGACUUUCUGGAUAGUUUUCCUGAAUUAGCAUCAUCUGUUACUUGGAGGGGUCCUCGAACCCUUCCCAAGAUCCUGCUCAGGUUACCUGUGUUUUCCACUCAGCCCUUUCCUUGUUUUCAAUAAAUACAGGCUGCCCAGAGAUACUGUCUCAGCCAUCAGAGUUAUGAACUCAUACAGAGGAUUUUGGUCCUCCUGGAUCCCUAAAGAUCAUGCCACUCAUCUCAUUCAUUUGGGCCUUCAACAUGCACUUGUUUAGGAGAUUGGAGAUCUAGGCAGAGACCCCAACAACUUUACUGUUACUAGAACAGAACACCAUCUCACAGGCAUAAAGUAGGACUCAGGUUUCAGAAGGUUCAUUCCUCGGCUGGCUGAAAGGCAGAAAUGGGCAUGGUAGAAGGGCCUGGCAGAAGAGGCUACCAAUCUUUAGCAGCCAAGAGGCAGAGAAAGGAAUGGGGACAAGAUGUCCUUAAGGUCCUCAAAUGUAAACAACGGUAUUCUACUCAGGUAUUGUUCCCCACGUGAAUGUAAAAAAAUUUGGCCAACAUAGGGGAUGUUACAUUUUAAGAUCCUUAUGCUUAUCAAGUUUAAACCAGGUAAUCUUGGUUCUCUACUAAAGUUUUCUUUAGAUAGCCCUCAAAAUAUUUUUGAAAUUGCCCUUACCCAGCCUAAAAAUUGUACUUAACUGUAAUGACUUAUUUCACUGUCUUUUUUUCGCACUUUUUUUGGAGAGUUUUAAGAAAAAAGAAGUACCCUCCGUUAUAAAAUGGUAAGACUGGUCAGGGUAGUUUUGACAAUGUACUAUAAUUUGAUUUUGCUAUCUUUACAGGCUUAAAAAAAAAGUUAAUGCCCAUGGAUCCCAGCACUCCAGGAGACUAAGGCAGGACUGAAAGUUUAACCCCAGCCCAGGCAAUUUAGCAAUUUAGGCUGGUUCUGUGUCAAAAAAUAAGCACUGGGGAUACAGUUGAGUAUGAAAACCCUGGGUUUAAUUUCUUAGUAGCAGGGAGAAAAAAAGGACUUGAAAGCCAUUCUUUUUGAAAAUUCUAUUAAUACAUGAGUAAAUUAAGACAAUGUUUCAGUUACUCAACAUUGAGUAAAUUAAGACUCCUAUGUUUACAACACUGAAUCAAGUAAGCAAAAUGGCUAAGUUUGCUUGGAGUACUUGGGCAGAUGGGAAAAGCCAUUUGUCUUCUCUUAACAGGACUUUGGUCCCUACCCAGAUGAUAGCCUCCCCUGGAUGCCAGUGUCCCGUGACAAUUGUACAGCUUGAAUUCAUGGUCAUCUCUAGGCCACAAGUGUCCCUCAGCCUAGUGGUAUAAGUGAGGUUACUGUGGAAGUACAGAAGCAAAUGGCUUUACCAAAUACUAAGUGCCACUCUUGGUCACUGAGAGAUAAGGGCAUGAUUCUAUCUUGGGACUGGUAGGCCGAGAGAAGUGCUAUGAGAGCAAAAGGAUAGAGCCAGGCAUGAAUGCUGGAUCAAGUUCAUAAUCCUGGCAUUUUGGAGGCAGGAGGAUCACUGUUAGUUUGAGGCCAGCCUGCACCACAUAGCAAGUCCCUGUCUCAAAAAUAAAACCUAAACUCUUGGGGCUGGGGAUUUAGCUCAGUGCCAUAAGCUCCUGCCUUGCAAGCAGGCAGUCGUGAAUUCGAUCCCCGGUACCGAUAAAAAGGAAAAAGACAAAAAAAACCCUAAUCUUGGUAAAAACCGGUUAUUCCAAGCACAAUGAGAGCUGGGGAUAUAGCUCAGUGGCACAGCACUAGCCUGGCAAGUGCAAGGUCCUAAGUUCAAUUCCCAGUACAGAAAAAAAAGGCAAAAGAAAGCCAAUGAAGUGUUCAAAAUAGGGUUAUUGUAUCAUAUUUAACUGCAUUACACUAACACCACAAACUGUUACAUGAAAAGUGGGUUAUUUAAAUUUUUUAAAAGGGUCAAAACCCAAUACUUUAAUUCUUUUUAAUUCUUUUUAUUUUUGAGGCAGGGUCUCAAUAUAUAGUUCAGCCUGGCCUUGAACUCACUAUGUAGCCCAGGCUGACUUUGAACUUGUGACAGUCUCCUGCCUUAGCCUCCCAAAUGCUGGAGUUACAGGCAUGCACUACUACACCCAAUUCGUUACCUGGAAAAAUUCAAAUUUUAAUUAACAUAGUCCAGUGCAAGUGAUGUGCAGAAAACAACUUUUUUUAAACCAAGAUUAGAACAAGAAAAUACAAAGAGUUUAUUCAAAUUAGAGUCCACUGUCAAGAAAGACAAUGGGUGAGUUUCCAAGAAAGUAAUCACACAAUCAGGGUGAGAGAUUGGGGUUUGGUUUUUUUUCUUUUUUUGAGAUUGGGGUUGUUUUUUUUUUUUUUUUUUUCUUUUUCCUUUUUUUUUAUCGGUACCAGGGAUCGAACUCACGACUGCCUGCUUGCAAGGCAGGUGCUUAUGCCGCUGAGCUAAAUCCCCAGCCUCUAAAAUUGGGGUUUUUACAAGAGUUUAAAGAUUGUGGGGAGACUCUACAUAGUAAAUCUAAAUAUUCCAAGAAUGCUUUUUCUGUGACUACUGGUCUCUUAGUCUACUUGUGCUGUUAUCUAAAGUUGUAUGUUAAAGUUGCAAAUUGGCAAGGCCAUUUAUUCCAGUCUCACAGGCUUGUUUAGUUUCAGUUUCAAAUACACAAUCUUUGGGAGAUGGGCCAUGUUCGUUGAGCAGGAUGCGUGGGUCCUACAUUCGUAUGUGUCUUGUUCUGUUUCCAGCCAGCCUUCCUGCAGCAAACGCUGUGCAGGGUGAUGUAAGCAGAUAUUGUUGUUGAGGUUUUUAACUCUUUGUCACUACCCUUAGUCCUGAAGUUACAGACACCGAUAAUUUUUAAAUUGCCUAAGAAUAAAUGUAUGGACUAAUGUGUACAAAGUGCAUCAUCAAAACGUAUGACCUUGAGUCAGGCCCCACCACAGGUGGAUUUUUGCAAGUUCGACAUUAGCUGGGCUAUAAAGUGAGUGAGCUCAAGGCCAGCCUAAAAUGCAUAGCGAGACCCUGUCUCAAAAAGACCAACAACAACAUAAAAGGUACGACUUUUAUCAUUCCCAAUCUGCCCUUAAAUUCCUUUCCUAUUCUUAAAUUCCUGGUCCAAUUCCCUUCUGCACGCCCUCUCGCAAAGCAACAAGUCGGGGUGGCUUUGGUUGGAGCCCCGCAGAGGGUCGUUGACCUGCCCAUCUUCUAGGUCUUCACCACCUGGUAGCAGCUCAGGGAUCAGCUUCCUAGGCCGCGGUGAGUGGCUGGCGUGGGCCAGUGGGCCUGCGCGGGGCCGGUCGGGGGCGGGGCCUGCACGUGACGCACACGGCCGUACGUUAAUGCGUGCCAUGUGUGGCGCUCCCUGGGCAUAACCGUCCGCCGGCUUCGCACCUCAGCAGUGCACAGGGUUGUGUCGUGGAGUUACUGUUUUAUUUCUUACUUGCUUAAAGGGGUUCUCAAAAUGUCGUCUGUCAAGGAGCAGCUUAUUGAAAAUCUAGUUGAAGAAGAAAAAGGCUCCCAAUGUAAAAUCACCAUAGUUGGAGUUGGUGCCGUAGGUAUGGCUUGUGCUAUUACUGUCUUACUAAAGGACUUGGCGGAUGAACUUGCCCUUGUUGAUGUUGAUGAGAACAAACUGAAGGGAGAGACAAUGGAUCUUCAGCAUGGAAGCCUAUUCUUUAGUACUUCAAAGAUUGUCUCUGGAAAAGAUUAUAAGGUAUCUGAAAAUUCCAAAUUAAUAAUUGUCACAGCAGGGGCAAGGCAGCAGGAGGGAGAAAGUCGCCUUGCUCUGGUCCAACGUAACGUGAAUAUCAUGAAAUCAAUCAUUCCUCCCAUAGUCCGGUACAGUCCUGACUGCAAAAUACUCAUUGUUUCAAAUCCAGUGGAUAUUUUGACAUAUGUGGUCUGGAAGAUAAGUGGCUUACCUGCAACUCGUGUAAUUGGAAGUGGUUGUAACCUAGAUUCUGCCCGUUUCCGUUACCUAAUUGGAGAGAAGUUGAGUGUCCAUUCCGCAAGCUGCCAUGGUUGGAUUAUUGGAGAACAUGGUGAUUCCAGUGUGCCUUUAUGGAGUGGGGUGAAUAUUGCAGGUGUUCCUCUAAAGUCUCUGAACCCUGACUUAGGAACUGACUCAGACAAAGAACAGUGGAAAACUGUCCAUAAACAAGUUGUUGAAAGUGCCUAUGAGGUGAUCAAGCUGAAGGGCUAUACCUCGUGGGCCAUUGGAUUGUCUGUAACAAAUCUGGCUGGAACAAUUUUGAAAAAUCUUAGGAAAGUGCAUCCAGUUUCCACUCUGGUUAAGGAUAGCCCUGGUCUUUGUUGUGAGUGUGACUUCUCUGCUCCAGCGUAGAACCCUCAUCCCACCAGUACAGCUCCUUCACCCUGCUGGCAUGGACUUUCUGGCUUCUACCACUGACCUUUGGGUAUUCCCAGCACGGAUCCUUAAAAGAGAUUGGCGUGAGAUCUUCUUGUGGGCUCUGGACCUCCAGUUGGACUCAUGGGAGGCAUUGUCAUGAGCUCUGGAUUUUUCUCUGGACUCAAGUGGGCCAUUGCCGUGGGAUUUAGGCCCUUACCUAUAUAUUCUAUGUCUUUGGUAUUGCAGAUGGAUUUCCUGCAUUUUCUUGUGUUAACUCCCAGUGACCAUUAUAAAAAUAAUAAUAUAAACUCCAUGUCCUGAUUCUAAUUGUUCUCUGCACAGCCCCUGACAGAAACUAAGAAAACAUACAAAGAAUCAGUGAAUUGAAGAGUUGGUUCUUUGAAAGAUUAAAUAAAAUUGAAAAACCCUAAGGCAACCUUAUCAAAAAAGGAAAGACUCAAAUAUAUGCAAUUAGGAAUGAAAAGGGUGAAAUCACAACAGACCUGGCAGAAAUUUAGAUGAUCUAUACCUACUUUGAAAACUUGUAUUAAAAAAUAAAUAAAUAAAAAUUUAAAAAAAGAAAACUUGUUUUUUUUUUUUUGUCUUUUUCUUUUUUAUUGUUACCGGGGAUCAAACUCACAACCACACACUGGCAAGGCAGGUGCUUAUGCCGCUGAGCUUAAUCCCCAGCCCCUGAAAACUUUAUUCUAAUAAGAUGGAAAAUACAGAAGAAAUGGACAGAUUCCUAGAUAUAUAUGAAUUACCAAAGCUGAAUCAAGAAGAUAUAAAAAUCCUAAAUAAAUCAAUAUCAAUAAAUGAAAUCAAAGAUGUAAUUAAAAAUCUAUUAACAAAAAACCCAGGCCCUGAUGGAUUUUCUAAAUUCCAUACAAAAUUUAUAGAAGACCUAACAUCACUACUUCCCAAACUCUUUAAUGAAAUUGAAAGGGAAGCAAAACUUCCAAAUUCAUUUCUGGAAGCAAGCAUUAACCUGAUACAAAAACUAACAAAGAGAAUUACAGACCAGUUUCCCCAAUAAAUAUAGAUGCAAAAAUCCUCAGUAAGAUACUGGCAAACAGAAUGCAGCAAACUGUCAAGACAAUUAUACACCAUGAUCAAGUGGCAUUUAUCUCAGUGAUGCAGGAAUGGUUCAACAUACACAAAUCAAUAAAUGUGAAACACCAUACUAACACCAAAGACAAAAAUCAUAUGAUUAUCUCAAUAGAUGCAGAAAAAGCUUUUGACAAAG